AUGGAUUUUUUCAAGCUCAUCGCCGAUUUGGAUGAUCAGCCCAGCGUUUCGGACACCAAGCCCCAAUCUUCUGGUGAUUUCGUCGCUUCAUCGACUUCAACAUCGGCCAGCGACAAGAAUGCUUUUGAUGCUCUUCAUGGUGUCGACGACAACACAGAAACAUCUUUCAACAACACAGAAACCUCGUCGACGCAGAACAUUUCUAAGGAUUCGCUGAAGAGGAAACGUGAACUGACGCCUGAAGUGUCCACUGCUGAAGAUGAAUCGGUCAAUAAUAACGGCAUCAAGCAACAUGCAUCGGACAAGUGCUUGCUUAAAAAGAAAGCCAAGUUGGAAAUUGUUGAAACAUCACAAGUGGCUCAAGCUUCAACUUCGAAAGCACACAUCUAUGCUGGGGGUGAAUUGGAAGAAAAUGAUGAUGUUAAAUACUACUAUCAGAAAAGCGAUGACUACCGAAAUUUGAUCAAACAGACUAUCAAUGAAAUGCCUGAAUGGGAGAGCCCACUUCACUCACUGGAGAAAGACCGCGACUUGGUCGCUCAGGAAGUCGCCGAGUCACUAGAAGCGUUGCCCAUGCAAAAGACGAAUGUAAAAGAUAAGCGAUGCCAAUUUUGUUCAAUUGUAUGUGCAUCUAUUCAAUCACUCAUUCGCCACAUUGAACGAAAGCAUCCGGAGCAGAAGGAUCAAUGGAGUCAAACUUAUGUUCAAGAGGAAAAUGUGGCCAGCUUGCCAGUCGCUUGUUCAAAAUGCAACAAGAGGUUUGCCACCGUUGAAUCGUUUCGCUAUCACGACAAACGAAAGCAUGCGCAGAAUCUUCCUUUCGAUUGCACUCUCUGUGGAAAGAAGUAUCCUAUUGCUUCGGAGUUGCGCAAACAUCAUCGCCGUGUGCACAAUCGUGUU